AUGUAUGGGACCAGACCAAAUGAGACCAAAUGUGAAAUUCAUGGUCCCGGCGGCCAAUCUAUUUUGAAUCCCCCAAUCAAGUGUUUGAAGGUUGCAUGCCUCGAGGACUGGAAGCACAGGCCUGAAUCUAGAGCCAAUGGUGCGGUCGUCCGGUCCAAUCCCUGCCAACCGUCCACUGGACUGGCCCUCCGCGCCGCUGUGUGGAGAAGAAUGGUAAAAUAUAACGUGGGUGCCAACUGCAAAACAACGGCGCAACCAUGGUUCAAGAAUACGAAAGACCUGGUGAGCUGCCCGCCGAUUAUGAUCUGCAGCAAAGUGGGUCCGUGGAUUUGA